CGUUCCGGGGACCUUUAGUGCCGCGUUCCAAGUCGCUGCUGCUCGCUGUUGGUCGCUGUUGUUGGUCGCGGAGGCUGCGGAGAAAUGGCGAAGGCGGUUCUCUCCGAGGUCGGAUGGGGCGAAGGCUUCGCCAUGCCGGUGGCAAACGCCGAAAACAAGGCUCUGGAGGAUGAGCUGCAGAGGAAGCAGAAAGAGAAGUCCAAUGUGGAGAAUAAAAUUUACACGUACAGGGACAGGAUCCAGGCGAUGGGGGAACACCUGAAGAACGUGAGGCAGGAGCUCUCUCACACCCAGGGUCUGCUGAGGGCCCGGGAGAAGGAGAUUGAGUCUGAGGUCCACUUCAGAGCGCUCGCGGACAGGGAGAUGGGCCGCCUGCGCCAGGAGAUCACUAAGCUAGAUAGGGAGUUGGGCUCCCUGAGGGACAAGAAGAACUCCCACGAGAACAACAUCUUCAAAGCUUCCCAGAAGCUGGAGGAGCUCAUGUGCCAGCUCAACUGGGACCAGAAAGCCCUGGACGCCUGGCUGGAGAAGUCGGCGCGCAAAGACGAGGACACCAUGGCCAUCAUAAAGUACGCCAAGCAGGACGAGGGCAAGAUAAGGGAGCUCACCCUGUCCAUCGAGAAGAUGACCAUCGAGGCCCAACAGAAGCGCAGGACCCUCGACAACGAACUGACCGAGACGAUCACCGCACAGAUCGCCCUCGACAAGACGGCGGAGAACUUCCGACAAGCCCACGUGGAGAGACAGGAGCUCAUCCAGCAGUGGGAGAGCACCAUCGAGCAGAUGAGGAAGAGGGACCGCGAGAUGGAGCAGUGCUCACUGAUGCUUGCGGAGGUGAACCAGAAGGUCCGGGAACGGGAGGGCCUCAUAAAGGAGAAGAAGAAGUUUCUGGAAGGCGAGGUGGAGAACAACAGGGAGUACGAGCGGAAGAUUGCGGCGGCCGAGCGCCUGGCGGCCCGACUGAGGCAAGAGCUCCAGGAGCAGGAGGCCAACCGCUCGAGGCUCCAGGACGAGCUGGGGAGUCUCAAGUGCGCCGUGGCCCGAGCCGCCGCAGACGUGGAGGGCAAGAGGUCCCAGCUGGCAGCUCUGAAGAAGCACAUCGUGGAGAAAACCAGCAAGUUGAAGGCGGCCAAGGAGCGCAACGCGGCGCUGCAGGGGAAGCUGGAGAGCGCCACCGAGUCGACCGUCGGCGUGGAGGAGCAGGCGGCGCAGAUGGAGCAGAUGCUCAAGGAGAGCGAGCAGGCGCUCAAGGAGGUGAACGCCCAGCUGCAGCGCCACCGGGAGGCGCUCUUCCGUAAGACUCAGGAGCUCCAGGUGCUCAAGGCCAAGGAGAAGGAGACGGCGGCCCAGAUCUCAGGGACCCGGGCGACCCUCGUCCACCUGGACAAGCGGCUCAGCAAACUGGACCAGGACUCCUUGAAGCAGCAGGAGAUCAUUUAUAGCCAGGACUUCCAGAUCCACCUGCUGGAGCGGAAGAUGGCGCGACUCCAGGGAGAGAUGAGCACAGAGGAGAAGCAGAAUCUGGAUAAGAAGGUGUCCGAGCUCAACGACAUCCUCGAGGAGAGGAAGAAGACGGCCACCAUGCUGGCGUUGCAGCUGAAGAAGCUCCAGGACGACAUCCGGUGCGUCACCAAGGAGAUGGAGAAGAAGGGCGCCAUGAGGAGCGAGCUCUCCACCAAGAUCGAGGAGCUGAACCUCAUUCACGACACCUCCGAGAAGGAGCUCAAGAGGCUCCGGCUCAGCAAGCAGGACGCCAUGGUGGAGGACAACAUCCUGAAGCUGGAGGUGAAGCGGCUGCGGGAGCUGCUCUACUGCAAGGCGGAUGACGUGCUCUCGCUGGAGAAGCGCGCCCUGCGCUUACGGGCCGCCAUGGCCGAGAGGGAGGAGGAGAUCAAACUGCACAGAGAGAUGCUGCUCAAGCAUGUCAAAGUGGCCGACCAGGAGCGCCAGGGCCUCAGCACCGAGGUGCAGGAGAGGCUUUCCAGGGUCGACAAGAUGAGGAACAGGUAUGAGGUGAUGACCAUGUCCAUGGCGUUCCCCGAGGGCGAGGAGGACAGGCUCCACGCAUAUUAUGUGAUCAAGGUCGCGCAGGAGAAGGAGGAGCUGCAGCGCAAGGGCGAUGAUCUGGACGCCAAGAUCUGCAAGAUGGAGAAGGAAAUCCACGCUCUAGAGAACACCUUACAUGUGGUCAACAGUCACAACAGCACCUAUCGCAGAUCUUUCCAGAAGGUUGCAGAGUCAAGCAAGGAGUUCCAGGAGAAGCUGAAGCUCGAGGAGCAGAAGAAGGCGGUGGAGGAGAAAUGUAAGCACAAGAGGAGGUGCAUUAGAGAACUCCAGGAAGACCUUCAGAAUAGGAACGGCGCUCUUGACACAGUGGUUCGGGAGGAAGUCUCGCUGAAGGAGAAGAUGGACGAGAUCCAGUCGCAGAUCACGGCCCUUAACAAAGACCUGAGCUCCCAGAAGGAGAAGCUGGACCGAGUCAACAAAGAGUGUUCCAAACUGUCCAAGGGCAUUCGAUCCAGCAGCAACACGAAAGGGGAGACCCCGGAGGAGCGGGACAUAGUGCUCCGCGAGCUGAAGGACUUCAACCGCACCGUCAAUAACAUGUUGUUGGAAGCCAUAGCGGACCAUCCUGACCUCAAGUCAGCUGUUGAGAUGUACCUUCUCCAGGCCGGACUCACCCUCCCCUCACCGGCGUCCACGCCGUCGAGCCGGCAGAGCUCGAAGCCCCCCUCGGCCCGCAGUUCUGCCUCAUCGCUGAGGUCGGUCGACUCCGCGGCCAGCAGCGGCUCUCGGACGGCGCUCUCCUGCUCUGUGCGGAUGUUGGACCUGAGUCUCCCAGUGGCGUCUUCGCCUGUCGCCACGCCGUCCCCACGCAACUCCUACCCAGCCAGCGCCAGCAGUCAGAAGCGGAAAAGUCCGUAGAGCCCCCGCAGCCUGCACCGCUCAAAACCUCCAAAAAGUAACAGACAAAGCAGUGUGAAGCCCAGCGUACACUGGUUCCUCUGCUUUCGGACACAUCGGACCAGGAGUAUGUUCAUAACUUGCUUUGUUUGUAACUCAAAAUACACUUUUGCAACUAUGUCACAAUUAAUUAAUGCUUAAUAAUGCAGAUAUCCUU